AGUCUCACUCUGUCACCCAGGCUGAGGUGCAGUGGUGUGAUCUCAGCUCACUGCAACCUCCACCUCCCAGGUUCAAGAGAUUCACCGGCCUCAGCCUCCAGAGUAGCUGGGAUUACAGGCAUGAGACACCAAGCCGGGCUAAUUUUUGUAUUUUUGGUAGAGAUGGGGUUUGACCAUGUUGGCCAGGCUGGUCUAGGAUUACAGGCCUGAGCCACCUCAGCUGCAUCUUUCGUAUUCCAAGUUGAUGUAGUGCCAGUCUUUCUUUAAAGAGGACGGUAUAAAAAUGAACCCUUCCCGGCCGGGCGUAGUGGCUCAUGCCCGUAAUCCCAGCACUGUGGGAGGCUGAAAGGGCGCGGAUCAUUUGAGGUCAGGAGUUUGAGAUCAGCCAGACCAACAUGGUAAGACUGUCUCUACUAAAAAUACAAAAAAAAAAUUAGCCAGACAUGGUAGCAUUUGUCUGUAGUCCCAACUACUCAGGAGGCUGAGGCAGGAGAAUGGCUUGUACCUGGAAGGCAGAGGUUGCAGUGAGCCGAGAUCGCGCCACUGCACUCCAGCCUGGCCGACAGAACUAGACUCUGUCUGUUCUGUCAAAAAAAAGUGAACUGUUCCCUAAUCUUUCUUGUGUGAAAUAUGAAGACAAAGGUUGAAAUCAUGACGUUCACAUAAGGAUGACAACUUCAGAGAAGAAAUAGAGGAGCAAGCAAUGGACGGUAGUUCACUGUAAAUUCUGUCCAGUCUCCAGCUUUCGGCAGCUUUGGGAAAGCAGGCUAAACUCUUCUUGGGGUUCUUCAAGUUAAUAACAAUAAGCAAGGGUGGAGUGCUUAAUCCUUUUAAGUGAUAAACACUGUGGAAGGCGUGUCUUCAAGCGUCCCACUCCCUCGGGCCUGUAGGUCACGUGAGCUUAAAGUACUUCCCGAAUCCCAGCCACUGUCUCCUGUAGGCGGGGAUCACAGUCUGAAAGGACAGCAAGGAAGAGGUAGGAAGGGAAAACUAAUUGGAAGGAAGUUUAAAUAUAGAAAGAGUAAAGUAUUCCUUUCUAACUAUAACAAUGCCGCACUUUACUGUGACUAAGGUAGAGGACCCAGAGGAGGGAGCAGCAGCUUCGAUCUCUCAAGAGCUUAGUUUAGCAGACAUAAAAACCCGGAUUCAGGAUUCAGAUGAACCAGACCUGAGUCAGAACUCCAUCACAGGGGAACACAGCCAGCUGUUAGAUGAUGGACAUAAGAAAGCUCGAAACGCUUACCUGAAUAAUUCCAAUUAUGAAGAAGGAGAUGAAUAUUUUGAUAAAAAUUUGGCACUCUUUGAGGAAGAAAUGGACACCAGACCGAAGGUCUCUUCUCUCCUCAACCGUAUGGCCAAUUACACUAAUCUGACUCAAGGAGCAAAGGAACAUGAAGAGGCAGAAAACAUCACUGAAGGGAAGAAGAAGCCCACCAAGACCCCCCAAAUGGGUACCUUCAUGGGUGUCUACCUCCCGUGUCUACAAAAUAUUUUUGGAGUGAUCCUUUUUUUACGCCUUACAUGGGUGGUGGGCACAGCUGGAGUUCUUCAGGCUUUUGCAAUUGUCCUUAUCUGCUGCUGCUGUACUAUGUUGACUGCUAUCUCCAUGAGUGCCAUUGCCACUAAUGGAGUGGUGCCAGCUGGGGGCUCAUACUUUAUGAUUUCCCGAGCACUGGGCCCAGAAUUUGGUGGGGCUGUUGGCCUCUGUUUUUAUCUUGGUACCACAUUUGCAGCAGCCAUGUACAUUCUUGGUGCCAUUGAAAUCUUUCUGAUAUAUAUCGUUCCCCGGGCUGCCAUCUUUCGCAGUGAUGACGCACUCAAGGAAGCAGCAGCCAUGCUAAAUAACAUGCGUGUCUAUGGCACAGCUUUCUUGGUCCUUAUGGUAUUAGUGGUAUUUAUCGGCGUACGCUAUGUGAACAAGUUUGCCUCACUUUUUCUGGCCUGUGUCAUUGUGUCCAUCUUGGCCAUCUAUGCUGGAGCCAUCAAGUCUUCCUUUGCCCCUCCACACUUCCCUGUCUGCAUGCUGGGUAACCGCACCCUUUCAUCAAGACACAUUGACAUUUGCUCUAAGACCAAGGAAAUUAACAACAUGACAGUCCCAUCAAAGUUAUGGAGAUUCUUUUGCAACUCGAGUCAAUUUUUCAAUGCCACCUGUGAUGAAUACUUUGUUCACAAUAAUGUCACUUCAAUCCAGGGCAUUCCUGGAUUGGCUAGUGGUAUCAUUACAGAGAAUCUUUGGAGUAAUUACCUGCCCAAGGGAGAGAUCAUUGAAAAGCCUUCAGCCAAGUCUUCUGAUGUCUUAGGCAGCUUAAACCAUGAAUAUGUUCUUGUUGACAUCACCACCUCCUUCACGCUUCUGGUGGGAAUCUUCUUUCCCUCUGUUACAGGUAUCAUGGCUGGAUCAAACAGAUCUGGAGAUCUGAAAGAUGCUCAGAAGUCUAUUCCCAUUGGUACUAUCCUUGCCAUCCUGACCACCUCCUUUGUCUAUUUAAGCAAUGUUGUCCUUUUUGGUGCAUGUAUUGAAGGAGUUGUUCUCAGAGACAAGUUUGGGGAUGCUGUGAAAGGUAAUUUGGUGGUGGGCACCUUAUCUUGGCCAUCCCCAUGGGUGAUUGUUAUUGGCUCCUUCUUUUCAACGUGUGGGGCUGGACUUCAGAGCCUCACAGGUGCGCCAAGGCUGCUACAAGCUAUUGCUAAGGAUAACAUCAUACCGUUUCUGAGGGUUUUUGGCCACAGCAAAGCCAAUGGGGAACCUACCUGGGCUUUACUUCUAACUGCUGCCAUUGCAGAGCUUGGAAUACUUAUUGCCUCUCUGGAUCUUGUGGCCCCAAUUCUUUCCAUGUUUUUUCUCAUGUGUUACCUCUUUGUAAACUUGGCAUGUGCCUUGCAAACAUUACUUCGAACACCCAACUGGAGACCCCGAUUCCGCUACUACCAUUGGGCCCUUUCUUUCAUGGGAAUGAGUAUCUGUCUGGCUCUGAUGUUCAUUUCUUCCUGGUAUUAUGCCAUUGUAGCCAUGGUAAUAGCUGGUAUGAUCUACAAGUACAUUGAGUACCAAGGAGCUGAGAAAGAAUGGGGCGAUGGUAUCCGUGGGCUGUCCCUCAGUGCAGCCCGGUUUGCUUUGCUUCGGUUGGAGGAAGGACCUCCACACACUAAAAACUGGAGGCCUCAGUUGCUUGUAUUACUGAAACUAGAUGAAGACUUACAUGUCAAGCAUCCUCGCCUCCUCACCUUUGCCUCACAGCUCAAAGCAGGAAAAGGUCUCACUAUUGUGGGUUCAGUCAUCGUGGGGAACUUCCUAGAGAACUAUGGUGAAGCUUUAGCUGCUGAGCAGACCAUAAAGCACCUAAUGGAGGCAGAGAAGGUAAAAGGAUUCUGCCAGCUGGUGGUGGCCGCCAAACUGAGAGAGGGCAUUUCCCACCUCAUCCAGUCAUGUGGCCUUGGGGGCAUGAAGCACAACACAGUGGUGAUGGGCUGGCCUAAUGGCUGGCGUCAAAGCGAAGAUGCUCGCGCUUGGAAGACUUUUAUUGGCACAGUUCGAGUGACAACUGCUGCCCAUCUGGCACUGCUGGUGGCUAAAAACAUCUCCUUCUUUCCCAGCAAUGUGGAACAAUUUUCUGAAGGCAACAUUGAUGUGUGGUGGAUUGUGCAUGAUGGGGGCAUGCUCAUGCUACUGCCAUUCCUACUGAAACAGCACAAGGUGUGGCGGAAGUGCAGCAUACGGAUCUUCACAGUAGCCCAACUAGAAGACAACAGUAUCCAAAUGAAGAAGGACCUAGCCACUUUCCUGUAUCACUUGCGCAUUGAGGCGGAGGUAGAAGUGGUGGAGAUGCAUGACAGUGACAUAUCAGCUUAUACUUACGAGCGCACUUUGAUGAUGGAGCAGAGGUCCCAGAUGCUCCGGCACAUGCGGCUGUCCAAAACAGAGCGAGACAGAGAGGCACAGUUGGUCAAAGAUCGAAACUCAAUGCUACGAUUGACCAGCAUUGGCUCUGAUGAGGAUGAAGAGACAGAAACCUAUCAGGAGAAGGUGCACAUGACUUGGACAAAAGACAAGUACAUGGCAUCCCGGGGACAAAAAGCCAAGUCAAUGGAAGGAUUCCAGGACCUGCUUAACAUGCGUCCAGACCAGUCCAAUGUGAGGCGGAUGCAUACAGCAGUGAAACUCAAUGAGGUUAUAGUUAACAAGUCCCAUGAAGCAAAGCUGGUUUUAUUGAAUAUGCCAGGGCCACCACGAAACCCCGAGGGUGAUGAAAACUACAUGGAGUUCCUAGAGGUGCUUACCGAGGGACUAGAGCGAGUCCUACUUGUCCGGGGUGGUGGCAGUGAAGUGAUCACCAUUUAUUCAUAAUCUACUCUGAAUGACUGUGCUUGGCCUGUUUUCUUAAAAGGCCUACAUCCUCCAUGGAAGUGCCAGCUCAUUACUACCACUCCCACUCAACUAGAAGCCUGUGUUGUAUACACAUCAUACUGAACUCUUGAUGAGCUGAGCCUCAAGUACCUGUGUUAAAGAGCUCCCAUCUGAUCUACAGUUCUUACAGAAAAAGCAAGUACUCCCUCAACAUCAGAACAAUGUUCAAGUCUUAGGAGCCACGUCUGACCAGUCAAAGGCAAGUUAGAAUUAACAAGCUGAGCCAAUAAAUGAAUUGGUAAAAGGGAUGCCAGAAAUUCAACUGAAGAAAAAAAGUCAAGUACAUAUUCGACAUUAAAGAUCAAUCUCAGAAGUCAUGGUUCAAUGAUGGCACUGUGCGGAUGACAACCAGACACAGCUUUAUCUUACUAAAGAAUUUAUGGUCAAGUAUAUGUGGACCUAUUAUCCUUGGCAAGCCAAGAUGCAAACAUUUUUUAGCUAUAUUUCUUUAGCAUACCCACUGCUCUAAUUCUAUAUUAGGAUACUAAUGUACAAAACUUGAAACACAGCUGCAGCCUCUACUUCUUCAUAAAUAUUUCCCCAAAAAAACAGAUUUAAGUAUCCAUACUGUAUCAGUGUAUACUUCAAUUGUUUCUCUUAACUCAGAACCCGUUCUGUGGUUGUAACACAGGCAGUUACCAUGGAAAUUGUUUUUGGUAAGGUAAAAAUUAUUCCUUUCAGUUUCCUUUCAAAUAGCCAAACUAAGAGAACUCCAAAAGGAAGCUAUUAACAUUUACUGCAAUAGUCUGUGGUUCUCUAUACAACAUGGACAAAACAUCCAAGCUGUUAUCUAAGAAAUGCAGGUCAUGAUGCGCAUUAACCAAUAGGUUCUACUUCCCCCGGCUCCACCCACCACCCUCCCCCAUGCCUUUUUUUAUGCCCUCUUAUUAAGCACAGGUCAGAAAAUCUUAAGGAACAAAUUCAAGGAAAACUGGCUAAAAAUCCUUCCCUGAAAGCACUAGACUGUCUUUUAAAGGGCACAUCUGGCAAUGUAAUUGGAAGUUCUAGAGCCAUACUCUUUCUUUAGUGCCAGUUACUGAGCGGCUGUUCUCCUUACCUACUUUACUAAAAUGGCAUUCAGACUGGCAUUGGCCUGUUGAAGAAAUUUUACUUUCACUAAGAAAUCUGUUGCCUCAUCUACAAAGCAGUAGUUAAGACUUGAGGCAUUCAACUUAAUGCCAAGUAUAAGCAUUUUCCCCUUUUCCUUUCAAUUUUAUCCUUCAUUUUGACUACAGACACUUGGCUCUGAACUAAGAGAUUAACCAAGCCAACAGUCUUCUAUUUUUUUUUUUUUCUUCAGAAAGUUCAGGCCAGGUGCUAUGGCUCACACCUGUAAUCCCAGCACUUUUGGAGGCUGAGGCAGGUGAAUCACUUGAGUUCAGGAGUUCAAGACUUGGUGGCCAACAUGGUGAAACCCUGUGUCUAUUAAAAAUGCAAAAAUUAGCCAGGUUUGGUGGCACACGCCUGUAAUCCCAGCUACUACAGGAGGCUGGGGCAGGAGAAUCUUUUUAACCCAGGAGGCAGAGGUUGCAGUUAGCCAGGAUUGCACCACUGCAGUCUAGGAUGGUAACAGAGCAAUACUUCAUCUCAAAAAGAAAGUUCAAUGUGCCAAGGAAAUACUUGUGCAAGCUCAGCUUUUUAUUUACUCAUCACACAACAUCUGGCUUACAAGCAUAGGGAAACUAUUUGGCUGGCUGAGCAGUAAUUUCAAGUAUAUGAAAUCUUCAUUUCUUUUACAGAAUAGGUAUUUAACUUUUCUUGCCUUUAUUCAUGGCUGUUUUUGAAUUUCAAUUUAAUAGUCACAAAUAGUGCCACUCUUGUUUGAGUACUCAGUAGGACACGGAGGAAGCUGAUCUAAGUGUCACAGAUUAUUCAUUUGACCUGUAAGUACAGAGAAAACUCUUCAGUGUAGCUUAAUUGAGUAAUUUUGAUUUGUUCCCUCUGCUCUUUCUUCAACCUCCAGGCGAACUCAGGAUGGCAGCCCAAAUAGGAUCUUAAGUCUUUUUCUGUUCCCUCCUGCAGAUGAUAGAAACAUUGUUUAUAACUACCACUGCAACACUCCAUUGCUUAGUUGCUUCUAACAGUAGUGUCAGGUCCCGCUAAGUACCUUUUUUUUUUUUUUUUUUUUUAGACAGUUUUGUUCCCGUUGCCCAGGUUGGAGUGCAAUGGAGCAAUCUCAGCUCACCGUAACCUUCAAUUCCCAGGUUCAAGUGAUUCUCCUGCCACAGCCUCCUGAGUAGAUAGGAUUACAGGCAUGUGCCACCACACUUGGCUAAUUUUGUAUUUUUAGCAGAAACGGGGUUUCUCCAUGUUGAUCAGGCUCGUCUCAAACUCCCGACCUCAGGUGGUCUGCCUGCCUUGGCCUCCAAGAGUGCUGGUGUGACCCACUGUACCCAGCCAGGAUCCAGUAUCUUAAAGACCCAUAUUGUAAAGGUCAGCCUGCCUAGGAAUUCCCCCACAUUUACACACACCCCUGGCCAAAGUGGUAUUUUUGUUUCCAUGUAGAACAAAUUAUGGGCAGACAAUAAAAGUUAGUUUUAGAAGUGCUGUUUGUGGUUGGAGCUCUGUAAAAAUCUUUUAAAGGGAUAAGGGAAUUAGUGGCUAUUAAUGUAGCCACUACUCAAAAUCACUAUUACAUGGAAAAAUGGUUAUUAGGCCAGAUUUAUACUAAUCUCUGUCUAGAGCAUUUCAUGUCUGUAUGUGUUGCUUAUGGUGUCUCCAAAGUCUUUCAUCUCUCUUAAUCACUGCAAAUAAAGCAAUACUGAAAACUUGAGAGAAUGCACCUUAGGGGAAGGGGCUGUUUCAAGAGAAAAGACAAAGGAAAUACCUGCCUCUUGAAUAAGAUCAAGCUUUUGAGUCUUACCUAUGACUUUACCAGGGCAGAUUAGAAAUACACAUCCUCCUAUUGCUGACCCUCUGCCUUUAAUAGCUGUCUUAAAAGCUUACGUCUGAACUGCAGCAUCUGCUUGACAGGUGCCAGCUUCCUCUCGGCAGGGGUAAGAUCACUAUAUGUAUCUUCUGUUGCCUCAGAUUCCUGUGGCCCCAAGGAUCCCACCAAUCCUCAUUCCCCCUAAACAUGUUAACAUAAAUCCCUUAUUGUGGGUAUUAAAACAACAGUUAGACUGUAUGCAUGUUUAUGUGCUCUUUUGGUCUGGUUUAUUUUUCUUUUCAUCAUGUAUAAGCUGAAUCCUGCAUUAUUUUCUUACAUCUUCCAUAAGUGUCUCCAACAGAAUUUUUAUGAUGUCCCAGCUUGUAUUAAAUAGAAGUGAAAUAUUAAGGAAAAUAGAUUUAAGGGAACUUGUGCAACUUUUUUUAUGCAUUGUUCUCAACCAUUUAAUUUAUUGAAAGGAUAUGCUGCUACACUUCCUGAUUUAGCAGCAGUUAUUCUCUUGUUUACAUAGAGUUAUGAUUUUAUUUGUUGUUUUGCUGUGUACUGGAAACAUAAAUAAAGUUUUCUACAUUAUUUUCA